AUGGCCGAUGGUUUCAACCGGUUCAAUCCCGGCGGCCAGUUCUUCUUCCACAACAACCAGCAUUCGGGGCACCCUCGCGGUCUGCAUAAUAGGAACGGCUCGCCGAUAGGGAACACCAGGGGUCUGUUCCAACCAAACGCCGACACUCCCUCACCCAACCGAUCACCGGGCACUCACUCACCCGCUCACGGCACUUAUAACAUGUACAACCACACAAACCAUCGGCAAAACCAUGGCUUGCUCAAUGGCGCAAAUCACCAGGGCUUCGGGAUGGGCAUGCACAAGAACUAUCAAAACCAGAACCACGCACACCAAGGGCAUCACGUCAAUAACCAGCACCAGGAUCACGGUGGGCUUGGCGGUCAGGCGGCGUUCGGCAACCACCAGCACAACAACUCGCUGAGCACGCUUUCCAACACCACUCCCCACUUCACUCCGGCGCAUCUCCAGAAUGGCACGCCUGACAAUUCUGGAGCACUGUCGAAGCCACCCAACGAGCAGUAUGCAGAGCACCUUCGCGAAUACAGCAAGCUCAAGCUCGCCGGCGAUAAACCACACUUCUACGCGCGAACGACGCCUCAUGUUAGUAGACUGCCAACGACGAGUAUGUCGGGAAUAAGCACAAAGUACACCGACGCCGAGGAGCAUGGCACGAGAUCGACAAAGUCUGGAGGGGAAGAAGAUCCGGAGAAUAAGCUGUGGGACGCGAUGGACCUUGGUGGGCACGGGUUGAAGAGCAUGGGCACUUCUCUUUUCCGGCACUAUCCCCACUUGCGACGGAUAUACUUCAACCACAACCGGCUCAUGUCGCUUCAACCUCACAUCAGCCUCAUGCACGAUCUCACGGUUCUCGAUCUCUCGUUCAAUCAACUUACUUCAAUACCGGCGGAGAUCGGGAUGCUCACAAACUUGAAGAGGUUGCUGCUGUUCGAGAACCGGCUGGACGACAUACCGUAUGAGCUUGGCUACUUGUACCAGUUGGAGAUUCUGGGCCUCGAGGGCAAUCCUAUGCGGCACGCGGGCGAUUUGAUGGAGCGAUUGGUGGAGCAUGGGACGCAAGAGCUCGUACGGUAUCUACGUGAAGAAGCACCUGCACCUGAUCCUCCGAAUGAGCGACCCUGGCAUCAGCUCCUCGACGACAAAGAAGCAUCAGAGAAAGAUCGAUUUUCAGUCAUCAGCUGGAACACUCUCUGCGACCGCGCGGCAACUCAGGCGGCGUAUGGCUACGCGCCAAAAGCGGCUCUCGACUGGAACCGACGGAAGUUCCUGAUCCUCAGCGAGCUACAGCAGAAGGACGCGGACAUCCUCACGCUCCAGGAAGUGGACAUCGAGAACUACAACGAAUUCUUUGCCCCCAACCUGGCGCAAAGCUACAAGGGCGUGUUCCAGGCAAAAGGCAGGGCGCGGACGAUGAGCGAGAGAGAAGCGAAGAUAGUAGACGGCUGCGCGACCUUCUACAAGCACAGCAAGUACAUGCUCCUGCAGAAGCAUGUUAUCAACUACUCGCACGAAGCGAUCAAUCGGCCGGACAUGAAGGGCGAGCAUGAUGUGUACAACCGAGUGAUGCCGAGAGAUCACAUUGCGCUCGUGCUAUUCCUCGAGAACAGGCGGACUGGGACUCGACUGAUCGUGGUCAACACUCACCUUACUUGGGAAGUGUGGUACAGCGACGUCAAGAUCGUCCAGGUGGCAAUCUUGAUGGACCAAUUGACCAAGAAGGCGGAAGAGUACGCGAAGUGGCCGCCUACCAAAGACAAGGACAAGGAGAUCUUCCGAUUUGCGAAUGAGGACUCUGUGGGUGGCGAGCCAGACGGCGUCAAGCCAGAUCCGGUACCUUCCAUGUCCUACGAGAGCGCCACGCAGAUACCUCUACUCGUCUGCGGCGACUUCAACUCAACCCACGACUCGGGUGUGUACGACCUUAUAACGCAAGGCUCGCUCCCGAACUCGCACGCAGAGCUGGGCAACCAGAAGUAUGGCGACUUUACGCGGAACGGCAUGACUCACCCUUUCAGCUUGCAGUCAUCGUAUGGCAAGAUCGGAGAGCUGCCCUUCACCAACUGGACGCCGGACUUCAGACAAGUGAUCGACUAUGUAUGGUACUCGACCAACACGCUACAAGUCGCCGGUCUCCUGGGAGCAGUCGACCCGGACUACAUGAGCCGAGUGCCUGGGUUCCCCAACUACCACUUCCCGAGCGAUCACUUACUGCUCAUGACCGAGUACUCAGUGAAGGAGAAGAAGGAACGGAAGCAGGUGGAAGCGGACUUCGGCUCGCAGCAACGGGAUAACAGACGAUGA